GGUUAUCCAAGUCUCCACGUCAAAAUUGAAAUUUCAAAUUCGAAUUCAGAUCGGUUUUUGAUCUUGAACGUAGCACAAAAUUAGCAGUUUUCUAAAUGAAACCUGAGCAACCCAGAGCGAAUCCUAAACCCUAUCGGAAUAUCCGGCCACAGCAGCCGCAUCAACACCAGCAAGUUUUCAUCGAUCUGUACGACGAUGGAAAUGUUCAGGUUGUGUCGGAAGUUGUGAGGUCAAGAAUCGGAACAGAGCAAACCAUUAUUCGUAACGUCUAUCACGCCCCGUUGCACCCAGCUGCAUACGAUGGAACUUACGACGUUGCAGCGGAUGAGUCCGUAUCUGAUGGGAGUUUUUCCACGCAAUCCAUAGAAUCGGAGGUCACUGAAACUGAAUUGUCCGAUACGGAGGAAGAGGCACGAGAGCAGCUGAUCGAAGAAAUGUACUUAGAAUCAGUCGAUGAGAGGUCGGUUUAUUCGGUUCCGAUCAUUGAACUUCCGGAAGAGCAAUCGAGUAGUGUGGAAAGUGGUUCACGCAGAAGACAAUCCGUUUCGAUAGUGGGAAACGUUCGUGGUCAUGCCGUGGGAGCAAUUAUCGACCCGAACAGUACGGUCCUGAUGCAGAUGUCAAGAAACGGUUCUUCAUCUGGGCAGCAGCGAGUGACGGAUUGCAUAAGGAACGUUAACCGGUUACUGCAGGACAAAGAUAGUACGGUGAUUUUCAAGUAUCCUGACGUGUACGAAUCACAGAGCUCUCGAAGAACGCAACCCGAUCACCGGGCAACCACGAGGCAAAUGAUGGAACUAACGGAAGAUAUUCUAAGGAAAGUGGAGGGAUCUUCACGGGAAUCGAUUCUGGUGCGAUUGCAGAAUACAUUGGCGGAAAUUCUGAAUCAACCGGAGGACACCAUUGUAGUUCAUACUCACUCGAGGGAUCAUUUGACAAACCUUGAAACCGAAUCGGAAGCUUUCAUGGGAUAUUUCAGCAAAGGAACCGACACGGCAUUGUUUGUACAGCCAACGCAGAACGAGGAACAACCUUUCGGGAACCGCUCCGGAAGCGAUGACGAUGAUGAUGAGCGAAUGCCAAUGGAUCGAUUGAGAAGUUUCCUGCAAGAUUCGAUGAGAAAUCAAGAGCAAAUAAUGGAACAGACGCUUUCGACAGAACCGGAAAUCACCGUCAGUAAAUUCGGACCGAAUAUCGUGGGAGUCCUAAGCUACCCAAAUGCCUCCGCAGGGGUGGUAACUACCACAGCGGAAAACUUUUCCACUAGUGGCGAUCGACAGGAAACUACUCGAUUGAUGAAAGAAUAUUUUAAAAAUCUUGUGAAACAACCAAGUGAAAAGCUGUUAGUUCAAAUCCAUUCGGAUGAGUUCCGUAGCGUUCGAGUGGAACAGAUCAAACAGGAACUGGAUCAAUCCAUCAGGAGCGGCAAUUUAGAUGAUAACCCUUCCGGUAUCAGCGUUCGUGAGAGCGAGGAUAAAUUAAUCGGAGUAAUGAGCUAUUCCGGAGGAUCCAUCGUAAUUCAAACCUCUAGCAAAAACUGGAUCAAAAAACCUACCAAAGACGGCACUGAAGAACUGGUCAUGGAAAUUCGAUUGAUGAUUGAGAAGUUUAUUUUGAACAAUGAACUGAGCGAAGCAGAUUUGAAAGAUAUAGCUUCGAUUAUAGCUCAGGUGUUUCACAGUGAAAAGUUAGAGUUGCCAAGAGAAUACCAGGAGAAACCAAUCCUCGAGAAAGUUCGAACGAUUGUUCAUCAGCUGAUGAACCGGACCAGCGAUGAAAAUGCGUUGGCGCUGGUAAACCAGAUUCAGGACGUUUUACAAAGCAUAGCACAGUAUGAAGUCACAACGAAGAAAAAGUACAGCACAUCGGAACUAUUGAGAACUUACUUCGACGAACUGAUCUGCGAGGAGGAUACCGAAUUUACGGAAGAAGCUAUUCUUAUAGCGCUUCGAGAAGCACUGCUAACAGUGCUUGUCUACUAUGAAGCUUCUCUGUCCCACGUACUUGCCGAUCUGUUAGAGCUACUCAAAACGGUCCCAUUCGAAUCGGAGGAUAUUCACGUCUCCAGUUGUCCGGGAACAACACUGCUCACCGAUCGACAACCACCGCCCAUUAGGCAUUCGACCGAACUGGACAUUCAAACACGCGAAGUAAUUCAACAGAUUCAUAAUUUGUUGGAUGAAGAUUCGAAACAGGAAGCGGACGUUCUACCCUACGUGACCUUGUUCCAGUCACUGUUCCUAACGCUGAUAAAGAUCAUCGCUAGUUGGAGUGUGAAAAUAAAGUCUUUCAUCAACAAAGAAUCGGAAGUUCCCGUUCGGUCGGAGUCAUCGGUGGUAGGCCAGAAGCCGUCCGUAUCGUUUCAUCUUGUUCAGGAAUCGAACGACGAAACCCCCUCGGAUAUCACUCAGCAGUUGCAGUCGGAGCGUCAACGGCUGAACGACACCAUUGACGAGCUACGGAAGUUUCUGGAAAAUACCUUGGGUGUGCCGGAGUCCUGGCAUCGUGAGCGCAAGGGUUCCAUGGUGAAAACUUCGGAAGAGACUAUUGCCGCCAAAACCCGAAUGAUGACGUUAUUUUCAAAGUUACUGGAAGAAUCCAGCCAUCUGAAAACGAUGGAAAAUUCUGGAAAUGUAGUCCAUCUACGGUUGGAAUCAGCAUCCGGAAAUUUGGAACGACGAGAAUCGGAUCAGUUUGUAAUGCUGAGUGGAAGCAUUCGUGAUCAACCGAACAAUUUGGGGCUGUUUUUUGAGGCUCGACUCGUCGAUUUGAGAAAGACUUCCGAAAUGGAAUCGCAGCUGGAGUGUGUGAAGGAGGUACGACCGCUAUCUGAUACCGUCGAUCAACAAAGUUCGGGAUCGAUUCGAAAGGUACGAUCUUCGUUAAAAGGCUCUAAACUGGAUCCAUUGCAAAGCGAUUCAGCGAAGGAUGUUUCGACACAAGUGCUAGAUUCAAUGCUUAGUGAAAAUGUUGUACCGAUUGAGGACGAUGUAGAGAUAUUGGAAAGGAAGCAACUUUUGACACCGCAGGAUUCGUCACAACCACUGGAUUCGAACUCAUUAGUAAGACCGAAGAUCUCCAAUGUGGGUAGAUCUUCCAGAAUUCCAGAUCCUGUGGAAGACACUUCGCAAGUCGUUUCAUCUCUUCAGAUGACAAAAGCAGAUUCUUCUAAGGAUGAGUUUACUUCGGAAGCAGUGAAUUCACGUAAUACAAAUGUUGGUGGCGAUGGUGAGGACGAACGGCAGCAAAUUCCCGUUGAUGACACUUUACGGGAAACUAUGAGCAGGUACUUCGAGCAGAUCGUACACUAUAUUCAGCAGUCCGUUGAACCGAUGAGAGAAACUAUGGCAGAUAUUAUAAAUAAGCUCGCCACUAUGGAACUGGACAAAAUUCGGGAAAUACGUUCCAGUUUAAUGCAAACCGGUAGCAGUCUCCUGAGAAAUUAUCUCAUUGAAACGCCAGAAGCUUCUGCAGAUGUUCUGGAGGACGAACUGUCGAUAAUCGAAUUCGAAGAUAAAAAUAUUCAAUGUGAUUCAAUCGACAGUGCCAGAAGCUAUGAUGUUUAUGAUUCUGCAUUGGAACAAGAAGCUCAGUUUAUCUCGAUCGAAUGUGAACUGAACACAAUAAAGGAAAGGUUACAAGUAUUGGAUGAAAUAUACCGCUUGCUCGCUGGAUCCAUGACCGUUUCGUCAAUCACGAGCCAAGAUCAGCAAUUGCCAGAAAGUAGAUCCGAAGUGCUGCGACCAACUGUUCCGAGUGCACCACCUUUGGAUGAAAUUGAAGAGGUGACCAUAAAGCGUUUGCCGAUGAAAAUGUCAGAUCCUGAUGAAAAGGAACAACUGUCAAGUGAAUCCAUAACUAAUCGAGAGGAGUUUAUUUCCGCUAUUCAGUGUCCAGCCGAGCAGAGGAUGACUAAACUUUUUUCCGAACUCUAUCGAAAAGCUCAUUCGGAAAAAUCUAGUACGACGAAGACAGCUGAUUCGACUUUUGUUGAUUCGGGAAAAGUGUUAUUUGCAUCAAUAUCAACUCAAACUGAAGAUCUUUUCGGAAUCGAUCCUCAAGAACAUUUGUACAGUAAAAGUGUACCAGAACGAUCAUCGUCAACACUGCAUCCAGCCUUGCCAAGUAUUCUAGAAGAGGAAGAACUACCCCAGCAAUCCGAAGAAGAAUCGGUUUUCAAGGAGGUUCCAAUCGUUCCAGCUCAUGAAGUCCCAGUGGAAGUCAUCCCAACGCAAUCCUUGAUCGUGACAGAUCAUAGUCAACCUGUUGAUCAAAUGCCACAGAAUUUACGUCAGCGCAUUUCAAACGUUCUUCAACGCUACAGCAUUUCUCAAUCGAUCGAAACCCCAGAGCGUUCACCAUCCACAGAACCCUCUCCAGAUCUGUCCAUUUCGCGAAAAUCUCUUGAUCGACACGACCAGGAACAACCAGUCAUAAGUGUCAAUCGUUUCAGUAUUUCAAGGGUUAUUGAACCAUUGGAACGGUUAAUCAAUGACAACCAAACCGACGAUCGAAAGAUUUCCGUCCCAAGUGAGGAAACUUGGAAACAAACCAACCUGACAACACCGCGUGCAUCGAUGUCUACGACUGAAGCUUCUGAAGCUCGAAAACCAUCAAUUUUAAGUAAAACAACACCGGAAGAACCAGUUUUCGAGAAAACAUCGGCUGUAGAUUCACCCAAAAGUUCGACCAUUUUGCAAGAUUCAGCUCGAACCGAUAUUCAAAAACGUACUUCAAAAUCGUCUAUGGAAGCUUCCCGAGAUGAACUCCCACCGGAUUUCCGAACAUCCAGAAAAUCUUUCGACCAACGGGAUCGAACAUCUAGCAGCAGCAGUAGUAGCGCAGCACAGGUACGGAAACGUACCUUGAGUUUUGCCGGUGAUCCUACUGAGCCUCACAGUAAAUCGCGACUAAGUAGCUUUAUGCUGACAGAAUCCCGAGACGACUACGUUCCCGCGACAACUAAAAGACGAUCCACAACGGACCCAAAUUUUAUAGACCGACGAACGGAACCAUCGAGGAUUCCGUCGGUCAGGCGGGAAUCGAGUUUUUCGAUUGGAUCGACUCAGUUGUCCAAAAAGAGACUAUCGAGAACUAAGCAAGCUGAACGGAAACGGCUCGUCGAAAUACCGGUUCGAGAUGACGCGGUACGACGGUCAUUGUGUGAUUUGGCACUUAGCUAUAGACUAGGAAGGGCUCAUGAGGACGGAAAGAAGUCAGUUUGUCCCGUUGAAGUCUACUCUUGCCACCAGGUUGGUCCCAAUCAGUUGAUGAUGCACUGGGAAGUUUUACCCCGGGUUUUGAACCUGAUCUCCGGUUAUGAGAUUUAUGUCGACGGUGAAUUACGUAUCGUAUGCUACUCCAGAACACGAAGAACAGCGCUGCUGGCAAACGUCAAAGUCAACAAAGAACACCGAAUCGUUAUCUACCCAACGCCGGAUCCAUCGGCAGGUGAUUUCGCUCAAUCGUGGACUCCGGGAGUAUUUAUUUAUCAUAUCUAAAUAAAUAGCGUAUUCAGCAAGUUAUAUUUUGUUUUCGGUACAUUUUUCGAUCGACUAAGGAGAUU